CUUCUCAAAGAAAGAAAUAUAAAUAUGGAAAAUUAAAAAAAAAAGGGGAAAAAAAAGCUCUCCCUCUCCUCUUUCUCGCUGGAGGUUUGUUUUUCUUUCAUUUUUUCGUUGUCGUUGUUGUUGGGUUUAACAUCCUCGGAGAAACUAGAGAAAGAGAAAAUCCAAAUCCAAAUUCAGAAAACAGAUGGAUUUGGAUCAGUGGAUAGCCAAGGUGAAGGAAGGGCAGCAUCUGUUGGAGGACGAGCUUCAACUUCUAUGCGAAUACGUAAAAGAGAUCCUUAUUGAGGAGUCCAAUGUGCAGCCUGUUAACAGUCCAGUCACUGUUUGUGGUGAUAUUCAUGGCCAGUUUCAUGAUCUAAUGAAACUUUUCCAGACUGGAGGUCACGUUCCUGAGACAAAUUACAUUUUUAUGGGAGAUUUUGUUGACCGAGGUUACAAUAGUCUUGAAGUUUUCACUAUUCUUUUGCUUCUUAAAGCAAGAUAUCCAGCUAACAUCACACUUUUACGAGGAAAUCAUGAAAGCCGGCAACUAACUCAGGUGUAUGGCUUCUACGAUGAGUGCCAGAGGAAGUAUGGUAAUGCCAACGCAUGGCGGUAUUGUACUGAUGUUUUUGAUUAUCUAACACUCUCAGCAAUCAUAGAUGGCACUGUGCUUUGUGUCCAUGGUGGCCUUUCUCCUGACAUCCGAACAAUCGAUCAGAUAAGAGUAAUCGAACGCAAUUGUGAAAUUCCACAUGAAGGGCCAUUCUGUGAUCUAAUGUGGAGUGAUCCCGAAGAUAUUGAAACAUGGGCAGUUAGUCCCCGAGGAGCAGGUUGGCUAUUUGGAUCCAGGGUUACUUCUGAGUUCAAUCACAUUAACAAUCUUGAUCUGGUUUGUCGAGCACACCAACUGGUACAAGAAGGUCUGAAGUACAUGUUUCAAGAUAAAGGCUUAGUAACUGUCUGGUCUGCACCAAAUUACUGCUAUCGCUGUGGGAAUGUUGCUUCUAUAUUGAGCUUCAAUGAGAGCAUGGAGAGAGAUGUGAAAUUUUUCACUGAAACAGAGGAGAACAACCAGAUGAGAGGACCCAGAACAGGAGUUCCUUAUUUCUUAUGAUGAGGGAUUCAUUUGCCGCGCUGCUUGUAAAAAAGUGGUGUGACUGCUUAUUGUUGGGAAAGAGUUGCAAGGGAAAAGCUGGGAGAAUACGUCCUUACUUUUACAUGUUUUGCAGGUGGACCUUGCAUUUGCUUGGGUUGGAAUUUUCCACCCACAUUAGGUUGCUUUUGGUAUUUGUGGCUUGUGUAGUAUGGUUUCUAAUUGUUACAUUGUUUUUAAUUAGAUCAUGGCCCGCGCCCCCCUCCUCCCUUUUUUUUUUUUUCCCUCCUUUUUAAGUUAUUUUCAAGUUUCUUAUCAUACCCCAUACCUAUGAAUUAAGUGGUGUAUUAGUAGUCUUUUCUGUUAUUUCAUUAUCUCCAACAAUUGACUUUAAUUCCAUUGUUUCUUGCAUUA